AAAGAGCGAGCGCGAGAGAGAGGUGGCGUGUGUGGGUGAGGGGGGCUAGCAAGUAAGAUGGGGGGGAGUUGAGGCCGGGAAAGGCGCUUCAGCCUAUUUGACUCCAAUCCCGCCCCCCCAAAAACCCAAACAUUUCACCCUAGCACCCGCCGAGAAGACGGAGACUCGGACCCCAGAUCAUGGACCCUGCGCAUGGUGGCCAAGACCAAGCAUGUGGCCAAGUUGUGGGAUGAGUCCUGGCCGCAGCCGGAGGUGCCGCGCCGCGCCUGGAAGAUGAUGGAGAAGCUGAGGACCCCCCCGCCCCCCUGUAGCCCCCGCCCCCCCCCGUCACCCCCUGCCAGCCACCCCCCGGCCCCCCCGCCCGCUGCCUCGCCGCCCGCCCCCAAGGGGAGCCCGCCCCCCCCCAGCCCUGCCCCGCUGCCCCCCGACGUCCCCGUCAUCAGCCUGGGGCACAGCAAGCGCGUGCCCACCACCGAGCUGACGGCCCUGCACCCCAUCCCGUCCCUGGUGCAGCUCUCAGCCCUGCCCCCGGCGCCCCCCCCGGCCCCCAUGCCGCUCGCCGGCCUGCAGAGCCCGCUCCUGCCCCCGCAGUACCACCCCCACCCCUUCCUCAACAGCGUCUACAUUGGCACCUCCGGCUCCCUCGGCCUCUAUCCCAGCAGCCGCCUCAAGCGCCGGCCCAGCCCCUUGGAGCAGGAGCUCAUGGAUGGGCACCAGCCGCACAAGGUCGCCCGCCGCGUGUUCACCAACAGCCGGGAGCGCUGGCGGCAGCAGAACGUGAACGGGGCCUUCGCCGAGCUGCGGCGGCUGAUCCCGACCCACCCGCCCGACAAGAAACUGAGCAAGAACGAGAUCCUGCGCCUGGCCAUGAAAUACAUCAACUUCCUGGGCCAGCUGCUGCGCGACCAGGCCGCGGCCCCGGCCCCCGGCCCGGCCCCGGCCGCGGGCGAGCCCGCCUCGCCCCCCGGCCCCGGCCCCGAGUCCCCGGCCCCGCCGCCCGCCGCCCCCCGCCCCAUCAAACGGGAGCGGGCGCCGGGCCGGGAGCGCCGGACUCUGCUGGGGGCCGCGGCCGCCGGGGAGGCCCGGUGA